UGUCUACUCCCCCUUCGACCCACAGUUCGACGAAAUCAAUGAAUUCGAUGCCUCAAGGCCCUCAACGAUUCUCAGUCAUCUUCCUCACCCUACGGCGAGCCCAGAUAGUUGGUUUCCAGUUCGGACGAAAAUGCUGAGAAAACUGCUAACACAAGCGCCCACUCGCCGUUUCCUCUCUUCGGCGACUCCUUUCUUCCAAAAAUCUUCCCUUUUCCCGUUUUCUUCUUCGCCGGAGUCUCCCCUCCCGGAUAAUAGUCCCGGAGAACAUGCCGACGACGGACCUUCCGCCUCCGGAACAACCAUUUCCGUUGACCGUUCAGGUCUCUUCAAUCCUCCUGAGCAUUCCCAUGAACCCUUUCCGGAUUCGGAACUCGUCAAGCACCUCAAGAGCAUUAUCAAGUUUCGGGGUGGUCCAAUCUCAGUGGCAGAGUACAUGGAGGAAGUCUUGACUAACCCUAAGGCUGGAUUCUACAUCAAUCGUGAUGUAUUCGGAGCACAAGGUGAUUUCAUUACUUCUCCGGAAGUAAGCCAGAUGUUUGGAGAGAUGGUUGGUGUUUGGGCCAUGUGUCUGUGGCAGCAGAUGGGACAGCCUGAGAAGGUGAAUCUCAUCGAACUAGGUCCAGGUCGAGGAACACUCAUGGCUGAUCUCCUCCGUGGUACAUCAAAGUUCAAAACUUUCACCGAAUCAUUGCAUAUACAUUUGGUGGAAUGUAGUCCCACACUACAGAAGCUUCAGCACCAGGCCCUGAAAUGCACGGAUGAAGAUGGGUGUUCCGAGAAGAAAGCUAUUAGCUCAUUCACUGGAAUGCCUGUAUCCUGGCAUGCCACACUUGAGGAAGUUCCAUCAGGAGUACCGACGAUAAUAAUAGCUCAUGAGUUCUAUGAUGCUCUUCCAGUUCAUCAAUUCCAGAAAUCUUCGCGUGGCUGGUGCGAGAAAAUGAUUGAUGUUGGAGAAAAUUCACAGUUUCGUUUCGUUCUGUCCCCACAGCCUACACCUGCAGCCCUGUAUCUCAUGAAACGUUGCACGUGGGCUGCACCUGAAGAAAUCAAGAAACUUGAACACGUCGAGAUCAGCCCAAAAUCUGUGGAUUUGACCCAAGCAAUUGCCAAGAGGAUAGGCUCGGAUGGAGGGGGAGCACUCAUAAUUGAUUACGGGCUGAAUGGAUUAGUUUCAGACAGUCUUCAGGCUAUACGAAAACACAAGUUUGUGGAUAUACUGGAUGAUCCCGGGUCAGCAGAUCUAAGUGCCUAUGUCGAUUUUCCUGCUAUAAAGCAUUCUGCUGAGGAAGCUUCAGAAAAUGUCUCGGUCCAUGGACCCAUGACUCAGUCACAGUUCCUGGGUUCUCUUGGAAUAAACUUCCGAGUCGAAGCAUUGCUGCAGAAUUGUGACGACGAGCAAGCUGAGUCGCUCAGAACGGGGUACUGGCGUCUGGUUGGAGAUGGUGAAGCUCCAUUCUGGGAAGGACCCGAUGAACAAGCCCCCAUUGGUAUGGGCACGAGGUAUCUCGCCAUGGCUAUCGUUAACAAGAACCAAGGAGUUCCUGUCCCAUUUCCGUGAAAGAUCCAAACUUUCUGUAAGGUUUUCGAAUGAAUAAGCUUUAUAGUUUCUAGGAAAACCGGGUGGGGUUCUAUUUCGAUAGUAAGCAUUUCGCAAGUUAAUGCAAUUUUGUAACAAUUGUUUUUUUAGCUUCAUAUGCUCAUUACAUGAUCUUGUAUCAUCUCUGGAAGACUUAAUACAAUAGCACUGUUUAACUCCA